GAUCGCCAUUACAAACAGUCCAUAAUGUCUCUCCGUACCUCUCUCAACCUCCUCGGCUCUGUCCGUACCGCCGCCCGUGCCUCCCCCGCUCUCCGUAUCGCCGCCGCCCAGCGUUUCUACGCCUCCGCCGGCCCUGAUGUCGAGACCCGUAUCCUCGACAUUUUGAGGGAGUUUGGCAAGGUCCAGGACCCUACCAAGGUCACCCCCUCCGCAAGCUUCGCCAAGGACUUGGGUUUGGACUCUUUGGAUGUUGUUGAGGUCGUUAUGGCUAUUGAGGAGGAGUUCUCUAUUGAGUUGCCGGAUAAGGACGCUGAUGCUCUCACUACUGUUGCCGAGGCCAUUGCCUACGUCAAAGCUCAGCCUGAUGCUAAAUAAACUUGCCCG